UACCCUUCCUGGUGAUCAGAGUGUUUUUAGCCCCUGUGUUUUUGACAUUGCGACAAUAUGCUGUAGGACAUGUUUUAUGUUUGCCUUCGUAUUUUCGCGCACACAUGCACCGUGAGGGCCGGAAUGAAGACGAGGAAGCAGCGCGAGCGGUGGCUGCCUCGCUGCGCGUGACUCGACCAUCGUUCAGAAGAAGACAGCCGCCGGAGCAGCGUGCAGCCGUGCAACCCGGCUCCAUGGCCAAUGUCCGGUGCUCCUCGGGCCGCGCGGCGGCCUUGGCGACCGUGGUCACGCUGGGCCUGGUCACCGCCGUCGCCCUACACAAGCUCUCCAAGGCGAACCAGGAAGACCCUGCCCAAUCCAGAGCAUGGAAUCGGACGUCGCCCAAACAGCCGAGGCUUCUAGAGAUACGGGGAACCACAAAGGGCCCCGCCCAACAGCGUACCAUCACCGGACGCGCUGCCGCCGCCGCCGCCGCCACCGCUGCUCCUGCCGCUGCCGCCAUGGCGCCCAUGAUCAGGGGCGACUGGUACCCGCAGUCGCCGGGCGGGGCCCGCUACCGUGGGCGUUCCCAAGCGAGUCUUGUGUGCAGCCGCGAGGUCUGCGAACGCCAGGACGCAUACGUGCACGCGAGGCUCGACCAGCAGCAGGAGCCGUGCGAGAACUUCUACGCCUUCGUCUGCUCGCGAAGCUGGGCCGUACGGAACGCGAAGCCUGACGACGCGCCCUACCGGUCUCAGACGACAGCUAAGCUCAUGUACGACCUGCCGAAGACGCUCAAGCAGUACUUCGAGCUGAAGCAGAAGACCUACUACGAGUUCCCCGGGAGCUUCAUCAGCCAGGCACUGUUCUUCAUACCGAACUGCACUUCCAUCUACAGUCGCAAUGGUAUGGGCUGGGACCCCUGGCAGGAGCUCCUCGGCAAGCUGGGUCUCCAGGGCUGGCCGUUUCCGAACGUGUCCCCCGAGUGGAACGUCUCCGGCACCGCGGGGUUCGUCGACGGCACGCUGGGGAUCUUCCCGUUCACCGAAGUGAGAGUGGUGAACGAGUACGCCCACGACUACUCCGUGCAGCUGGACGUUCCGAGAACGAUACUACGCCGCCACCAGCUGCGGUACACCAACGAUAACCUGUUCAACUACAGCCAGGUGGUGGCCAGGGCCUUGAGCAUCCUCAACGUGAUGGAGAACGUUGAACUGCUCGCCGAGAACAUCGUCAUCCUCGAAAUGAGGCUGGAAGAGGCCGUGGAAAUGAAGACGUUCGUACCGCCACUCGCUCGCAAGAGGUCUCUGGCGAGCCUGCCUCAGAGCCAGAAGUGGAGCUGGAGGGACUACGUGGACGUCAUCUUCCGGUACCCACUCAACAAGGUCGACGUCGUGGAUACGUUGGCCCCUGAGUACCUGAAUGACGUCGCGGACAUCAUGGACAACACGUCUUACACGACGCUGGCCAACUACAUCGGCUACAGGACCAUGGUCCACCUGUCCCCGAUGCUGCCGGACGAAGCGGAGUUCCUCGUGCCGCUGAGCCGGGACAAGCUCGUCGUGGGCGUCGGCGAACGCUUCCAGGCGUGUGUCCACCUGCUUGAAGACCUGUUCCCAUUCGGCAUGCGCAUGUUCACCCUCAUGACGCUGGGCGGCGACAACCCGCUCAAGUACUCGAGCGCCCUAGACAACCAGGUGGAGCACAUGUUCAACCACACGCAGAACCUCAUGGCCAACUUGGUUCAGAACGCCUACUGGCUCAAUCCCGUGGAAAGGGUAAUCGCCAAGGAGAAGAUACUCAACGUCAACUUCGACUUCAUGGGCAACGCCGUUCGGGAUCUCAGCAUCCCGGCGCUGUACUACGAUCCCAAGGCGCCCCCGUUCGAUGGCCUGAAGCUCCUCCAGAGCUUCUACGCCAUACAGGCGAACACCAAGCGGACGUACUUCGACCCUUGGCACCGGACCAUGGACCUCGACAACCGCCACCACCUGAGCAAUCUGCACCCGGACAUCGAGUACGUGCACGGGAAGAACAACCUGUUCAUGCCCUACGCCGUGGUCGCCUUUCUAAGGGGAAUGUCGCACAGUGUGGAACCCUUGUUCGUGCCGAUUGUGGCGCAGUUCCUGCUCAAGGGACUGUUCUUCGCGGUGGACGACAGGGGUGCUUCGAUAGACCACCGAAAUAGGAUCGUCGAUUGGUGGAGCAAAGCUACCGCCGAGAAGUACGCCCACAUCCGGGACUGCUUCUUCAAGCAGUACAAGGAGGAGAUGCAGCUCAAGCUUCCGGACCUGGACAUGGUGGGCGACCUGGCGGACGACAUCGCCGACAACGCGGCCGUGGCCCCGCUCUACGACUACUACCUGAGCAUGCUGGGCAUGGACACCAUGACGGCACGCAGGACAAGGGCGCCGUUCGGCGGCUUCACGCUGGAGCAGAUCUUCUUCGUGUACUACGCGCUGAGCCAGUGCGACCACCGGAGCCUGGCGUACGCCAAGCGGGUGCUGGGCUUCGGGGAGACGUCGCCCGAGAUCAGGGUCAACAUCCCGCUGCAAAACUUCGCGAAGUUCUCGGAGGCCUUCGGCUGCCAGCCGGGAAACGAGAUGAGUCCACAGGACCGCUGCCUUGUGUGGUAGCAGAGCAGUGGCCGGCUGGCAGUUUGUUUCAAUAAACCGGCCGUC